AGACGAUUAUUCAGCAGAAGGUCAUCACACUUUACGUUCUCCUCUCGCCCCACUCACACCCAAGCCUGGCUUUUCUUUUCCUUCUCCAACUCUCCUCUUCCUCUCUGCAUGCAGAACCCUUUAUGCCAUACUCCUUUCUCGUAGUGGAUGGCCAGCCUCCGAGUCCUUUUCCAUUUCCACCUGACGCGUUUGUCGGAGUUGGAAUACCUCGCAACGCCAGGCCUAUACAUUGGCUUGAGCAUGGGGAAGUUGUCUGUGCAGUCACCAUCAACAAUGCUGCCAAACACGUGUACACCGGCGGCAAAGGUUGUGUCAAACUUUGGGACUUGGCUGCGCUUUCCUCAAACGCCGAUGAAACUGCAAGUCCUCUCUCAACCAAAGCCUGCCUUAGCAGUCUCGACUGCCUUCAAAAAGAGAAUUAUAUACGUUCUAUAAAAUUGACGCAGGACGGUCGUCUAUUAGUUGUUGGUGGUGAAGUUGACAAGCUCAGUAUCUGGGACAUUGGCGGCCCUGUACCACGUGCCAAAGGGGAGCUUCAAGCCACAGCUCCAGCCUGUUAUGCGCUUGCAAUAUCGCCCGAUGGAAAGCUGUGCUUCAGGUGA